AUGUAAAUUUAUGGGAAGUAAUUGAAAUUUUUAUUCAUAUAAGUAGUCGAAAAUAAUGUGGAAAUCACAUUAUCAAAUAUUAUGAACUUCAGGGAAGUAUAUAAAAUAAAGAAGGCUAAGCCUUGCAUUUUUCUGAAUUUAUGCAAAUGUUGAUAAAAAUUGAAAAAAAAACAAAAAAGGUUCUUUGUCAGAAUGUCAAUCAUUUGUAUACUUAUUUUAAUGUGGCUAGAUUGUCACUAAUAAAAUAAAAACAAUCAAUUCUUCGAAGGGCAUAAUAACUAAAAAAUUAUCUACAAAAUAAAAAAGAAUAAAUUUUUAAAGGCGAAUUGUGA